UCAAAGGUGUGUGUCACAUUUCCUUUUUGCAUAGGUUCAUUUAAUGUGAGGAACUUGUAGAUCUUUUUUUUUCUGCUCCCCCCAAAAUAAAUGCAAGACAUUUUCUAUUGCUUAACAUUAUCAAAUGGCGACAUCAUCAACAUCAUUAUUCCCAAAUACAGCCAAUGGCACCAAAGAACUAUUAAACACUUUGACUAUACUGCAAGAUAAACUUGCUCAGUGUCAAGAUGAGAAAAAUGAUGUUCUAAGAAAAAUGUCGACAAAAAAAGCAUUGCUGAAAGAAUCUCAAUUUAUUCUUCAAAAGGAUCUAAAAGAAGCUUUAUAUGAAAAUGCAAACGAAAAGAGAAAAAUUCAACUCAAUAACGAUAGAAAGACAGACAGUAACGAUGAUGUGCUAAUAGAAUUAGUGGAUUGUCAAGGCUGGGUUUAUGAUAAAGACAAAAUUUGGAUUCAAGCGCGAGGCAGAGUGAUGAUUCAACGUCUUCAUGAUGAUAAGAAAGUUGUGGUGAGCGUAACCCAAGCACGUCUUUCUUGCUUACCCAACAAAUUUCUGCCCGAAACUGUCCAUUAUAAUACAGCGGCGAUCACUGCUCCAAAAGACAACAGCGACGAUUUAUUGAGUUUCUAUAUACAGUUCACCUUAUUACCUGAUAUCAGUCUGUAUGAUUUGACAAACAAUUUACGCAUUGCUUGUCAAUACCAGCUUUCGGAAGGACCACAGCAGUCAUCUUUUGGGAGGAUAUCAGAAUCAUAUUCAGUUGAAUGGAGAUUUAAUACUGCUAAUGAUGCCCCGCUCUUAAUACAACGCCAUAAUUUAGAAAUGAUAAGUAAAGUACCGAAAAAAAACGUCAUUUUUGAUUUCUUUUCUGACUAUAUUUGGUGCAGCAGUAAAAACUACGAAGAAAAUGGCAUUUUUCUAAAUACAAACAACCAUCCUUUAGGAACCAAUCCAAUGCUUCUCACAUCAAACGAGGCCUUACGAGUCUAUUUUUCACAUUAUCUAAAGAUAAAAGUGAUACGACCAACAUUUAUACGAUUUAUCAAGACAUUCUGUACCCAAUUAAGUGACUCGAUUUUUUCAAACGAAGAUGCUUCUUUAUUAUUAGUCUGCAACAGUGCAAAUGAUCAUAUAUUUGAUCUAUUCGGGUUAUCCAGAAAUGUAAUACUUGGAAUGCUACAUAAAUGCACGCUAAAAGAGAAUGCAGAUGAAGGUAACGUUGGCAUGAAUAGCUGUUGCAACAGAUUUAGCUCAAUUUUUAGCAGACUCUUCUUGAGGUGGUGAUUGUGGCAAGUGAAAUAGCAAACUCUCUUUUCUAAACGUCUCCAAGACUUCUUUCGCUUUUCCUUGCUUGAUAGAUUCGCGUGCCUUCACUACACCUUCUCUAAAGUCCUUUGCGAUACCCGCGACUACUAAUAAAGCGGACGCGUUCAACAGAACAAAAUCCAAUAUGGGAUGGUCUUCGUGUAAUUCAUCAUUAAGUAAUUGUUGUAAUAUUUCUGCAUUGUCGUAGCAAUCGCCUCCUUUUACCUCAGUUAAGGGAUGUGUCUUUAAACCAAAAUCACGUGUAGGAUGAAGUGUACCACUGAUCAAUUCUUCAUUUGUCCCUCGUACUCUCCAGUACUAUCAAUAA